UUAUUUGUUCAUCCCAGUAACUCUCAUCAGAGAAAGAAGUAGGAUCUCAUUGGCUCACAUAAACGUCUCACUAAUUCAUCAAGACACUAUGGAAAAGGGUCAGGCACCCAAUACAGACUUACCAGCACCACCGUACCCCGGUCCCCCUUUGGACCACAAAGCUGGAGUCUCCCAACCAGCUGUUCAGCCUGUUGUUCAGCCUGUGGUUCAGCCAGCUGUUCAGCCUGUUGUUCAGCCUGUGGUUCAGCCAGCUGUUCAGCCUGUUGUUCAGCCUGUGGUUCAGCCAGCUGUUCAGAUUGUUCAACAGCCUGCAUACCAACACAAUGCACAGCAACCUCAGGUCGUACAGCCAGUGAGUCAGGUGGUGGUGAUGCAGGGUCAUCUCCCAAAAGAUGUUCCUGGACAGAUGAAGUGUCCUCAUUGCCAAACCGAAGUUGUGACUAAAACCGAGUACAAAAUUGGGAUCCUCACCUGGUUAAUUUUUGGCCUAUUACUAUUCAUGGGCUGCUGGCCUUGCUAUGUGAUCCCCUUCUUCGUCAAAGAAUGCAAGGAUGUGGAGCAUUCCUGCCCCACCUGUAACAGCGUAAUCCACAUCCACAAGUACCUAUGAAGCAGAACUACAGUUUACCUUCUACUGAAGCAACAGCAGCAAGGCAUCUCUGUACAAGCCGAUAUUAUUUUUAACCCUGUGCUUACCCUGUGUGUUAAAUAUAUGUUUUACCUGUAUAUGUACUGAACAUACUGAUAAAAGCAUACAUAUACAUAUCAGCAGUAAAAGAGCUUUCUUGUUUUCCAGAUGAUUAUUUGAAUCAUGUUAUAAAAAAUAUAAGUUAAUUAUCAGGAUUGCUUUUCUUUGUUGUUUUUUUAAACUUGAAGUGAGUGGAGUGGUCUUGGUAUGAAAUACCUCAGCAAUAAAGUGAAAUGAAGGAUAAUAUGUAUUAAAUGAAGUCUAGGGGAUUUUUUUUUUUUUUUUUAGAAUAUUCCUACGAGUGAAAUUUACAUAUUUUUCCACUUAAAGUUAUUAUAUUGAUUUUUGUUUUGAUGACAUAUUGAAUGUUUUUAAUCAAAUUUCUAUUAAUAUAAACAGACAGCAUGUAUUGUCACCCAAUAGUUAUUACCUAAAUCACUCAUACAGUUUCUCUUGGCUUAAUUCUGUUUACAGUUAAGUCUUUUGUAUUACAAUAAUAAUUCACUGUUUGUAAGAUGGAAUCAUGAGCUACAAAUAAAUAAAUGUUUAAUUAUCA